GACACAAAGUCACGUCACGGAGCGGACACCACGGAGGAAAAAACCCACGCAGAGAGAGACAAACACAGAGACAGUGAUCGCUGCGCUACAGGGAGCUCACGCCCGCCCGUCCGUCCUCACCCACCCACUGUGGGGCAGGUGUGCAGCAGGUUUACAAUGAACAGCACAGAAAAGGACGAUGACAGUGAAUUCAGAACAUCGUUCAGAGGUCUAAACCCUUCAUUCAGGAAGGAUGAAGAAUUGGAAAAUGGAGACACUGUAACAGACGUCAAUAUUGAGGUGGUCAAGACCGAAGUAAAGAUGGAAGAUGAUGAAGAUGAGGGUGGUUUUAGCCCAGACACAGCUGCAGAAAACAGCAUUGUACCCAACGCACUGAAACGGAAACAGAUACACAAUGGGUUUGGUGAGACGACCAUAGACAAUGAAAGCCCCAUCAUUCAUAAAUGGGGAAGAGUUAACUGUGAGGACAUGCUUGCCAGUUUGAGGGGCUCCAGCUCUUCCCAGAGGUUCCUGGAGGGUACAAGCAGGAUGAGGGAAACCAGCGACGCUCCGUUGCUGGAGGACGACGAGACUGUGCGGGCUGGACCCUCCUUCAGGAAGCCCCUGUACAGCAUCACGCACAAGAUCUCGGACCGACGGAGCCUGCUAAAGGGAGAGCAGCAGUCGGCCACUGAAGGAGGCUUCUUCAACAGCCUCCUCCAGCAACACCACCUGACCGACGGCCACAAGAACUACUCUAGCAACCUGUCGCCCCAGUCCGCUGGAGCCGAGCCCACCCUCUACUCCCUGAUCCACAAGAUGUUCUUCACCCUCAACACGCUGAACGCCACCAUGACCCAACUCCACAGCAAAAUCGACCUGCUGUCACUGGAGGUGGACCGCAUCAAGAGGCACGUCAGCCCGGGGACGAGCUCUGCUCCAGGAGCCAGCUCGGUGCUGGACUUCCCACCACCGGCCGAGUACCGGCUGAACAACGGUGAGCUGAAGCAGCUCCUGGAGCAGAGCUCAUCCCCGGGGGACCUCUCCUGCCGCCUGCUCCUCCAGCUCUUCCCAGAGCUCUUGGCCGAAGACCAGGCUGACACGGGUUGCCGAGCGUGCAGCACCACACCCACGAGGAAGCUGGACACACUCCACCUACAACUCAUCCGAAACUAUGUGGAGGUUUGUUACCCGUCGGGCGGGAAUGGAGACGUGUGGAGGGUGGACUGCCUCCCGCAGCUCAACGACUUCUUCAACAGCUACUGGGCACAGAGGGAGAUGGAGAGCAGUCAGCAGAUCUCCAAGGUGGUCAGCAUCGACUGGGAAGACCAUGACAUGGGGCAAGCCCAGUCCAACAGCUAUGUGGAGGACAACCCGCAAGAGGAAGCCCUGUCCUUGGACUCCCCCAGCAGCGUCAACUCGGACUUGGUGCUGGAAGACCAGGAGAUCAGUGAGUACCUAGAGGGGGCCUCGUCGCCCGGUGAAUUUGCUGCCUUGCUCCUCCACCGCCUCUUCCCAGAGCUCUUUGACUUCAGGCGCUUGGCGUUGCAGUACAGCUGCCGCGGCUCUUCAAGCAAGCAAGCCUUGGACCCCCAGAAGAUGCAGGUGGUGAGGAGAUACUGUGAGAUCUACUACCCCGAGGUGCGGGACGAUGAGGCAUGGACGGAGCUGGUGGAGCGACGGCUCGACCAGGAGCUGGAGUGCGUCCACUCUGACGACAGUGACUCGGACAGGCAGAGGGACGAGAGCAUUGGGACCUCCAACGCCUCAAUGGUGGGCAGCCAAGAGGACCUCGGAAGGUCCACGCCCUGGUUGAAGAAGUUCUGGCUGAAGCCCGUGGACUUCAACCGGAUGGAGAUACCUUCUCCGCACUUCAAGGUGCCAUGCCCGCAACAUAUCCUCGAUAGACACCAGUUGAAGAAUAUCUACGAGAAAAGCCAGUCCAUCGGCAACUUUGCCUCCCUCCUGUUGGUGCGGCUCUUCCCCGAGCUCUUCACGCCGGAGAACCUGAGGAAGCAGUACAACUGCAGUGGGUCCCUGGGCAAGAAGCAACUGGAUCCCGUGAGGAUCAAGCUCAUUCGCCACUACGUGCAGCUGAUGUGCCCCAGGGCCAAGUGCGACAAGACUUGGAAACACGAAUUCAUGUCCAAGUUGGACGAACGCUGCCGCCGCAUGGACAUGGAACAACGGCGCGUCUACCACCAGCAGAGGAAGAAGUCCAUCGCCUACAGCGAAGGAGUGAAGGAAGAGCAGAUGCUUGCAGCAACCCAGCCUGAGCAGGCCAAGGGGGACUCCGUUCAACCACAACCACAGGCAGCACAAGACCGGACAGAACGCUACAACCGAAACUUCUGCAAAGUCCCCCUCGAACAACUCAACAUCCCCACUGUCGAUUUCCCCGUGGCCACCAAGCAUCUACUGUCCACCAAAGAUCUAAAGGAGAUAGUCCAGGACAGUCAGUCGGUUGGGAAUUUCAGCGCCCGGCUUCUGGUCAGGAUCUUCCCCGAGCUGUUUACGUCCGAAAACCUGAGAGUGCAGUACAACCAUUCGGGGGCGUGUAACAAGAAGCAACUGGACCCAGUGCGCCUGAGGCUGGUCCGCCACUAUGUGAAGGCAAUUUACCCUCGGGCCAAGAGUGAUCAGGUGUGGAACUUGGAGUGUAUUCCCAGCAUCGACGAGAGGUGUAGAAGACCCAACAGGAGGAAGUCCAAGGUGACUGCAGACUCCAAGGAUAAGAAACGCUAAACGUGACACAGACACAAAAAGCUGGAGUAACUCAGCGGGACAGGCAGCAUCUCUGGUGAGAAGGAAUGGAUGACGUUUCAGGUCGAGACCUUUCUUCAGACUUUCAAACAUUAAACGUUUCUCCCUCAGCCCUCUC